AUGACUGAACCAAAUAAGAUUUUCGUUAGACCAUUAGCAUUUGAAGUUGAACGUGAACAAGUUGAAGCACAUUUCAGUGACGUUGGUCCUCUUACCGAUGUCCAAUUAAUGAGAGGCUUUGCUUUCGUUACUUUCGAAAAUGAAGAAGACGCUAAGCGUGCUGUUGAAACCUUAGAUAACACUGAUUUUGAAGGACAACCAUUGCAAAUCGAAUUCGCACGUGAAAAGAAAGAAGAUACCAGAGGUCAAUUUAGAGUUAAGGUUACCAAUUUACCAGAUGGUACAGCAUGGCAAGAUUUUAAGGACUUUGUCAGAGAUAGAACCGAAUUGGCUCCUACCUUUGCCAAAGUUUUCAGAAAUUACGACACUGACGAAGUCAUUGGUGCUUUAGAAUUUGGCUCAGCCGAUGAAUUAGCUACCGUCAUUCCAUUGUUAAACGAAUCCGAAUUCCAAGGUGCCGUUUUAGCAGCUGAAGAAGAUACUUCUCCAUUCGUUCCACCUCCACCAAGAAGAGGUGGUUUCAGAGGUGGCCGUGGUGACUUCAGAGGUGGCUUCAGAGGUGGCCGUGGCGACUUCAGAGGUGGCCGUGGUGACUUCAGAGGCGGUUUCAGAGGUGGCCGUGGUGACUUCAGAGGUGGCUUCAGAGGUGGCCGUGGCGAUUUCAGAGGUGGCCGUGGUGACUUCAGAGGCGGUUUCAGAGGUGGCCGUGGCGACUUUAGAGGUGGCCGUGGUGACUUUAGAGGUGGCCGUGGUGACUUCAGAGGUGGCCGUGGUGGAUUUGACCGUAGAGACGAAGGUGGAUACGAAAGAGAUUCAUACGUCCGUGACAGAUCUCCAACCCGUUAUUGA